UCUGUUUUUCAUGGCAGCUUCCUCUCCUUUUAUGAACAUGGACAACGUUAACCAAUCCACCACCGCCGCCACUUGGCUGGAACUUCAAGUCUCAAACUUCAAAUCAUUUGCUCCUUCUUCUUUACCAAUCUCACAAGCUCUUGUUCCAUCUUCUUCGCCUUUUAGCCCCACUGUUUUCCUGGACUCACCUGUUCUUUUCCCCACUUCUCCGAAUAUUACUGGGUCUUUUGCCGAUCAACAAGGAACCAAGCCCAAGGCGUUUGAUUUCUCUUUCCAAGUACUCGAACCACAGCAGCCGGCGUGGGAUUUCGGUGAGUCCGUGAAGCAACAACAAACCGAGAUGACCAAUUCGGGUACCCAAUACCAUCAAACGUCUCAGUAUGUGAACAACAGGAAGGUUGAAGACGGUUAUAAUUGGAGGAAAUACGGGCAAAAGCUAGUGAAAGGGAGUGAAAAUCCAAGGAGUUAUUACAAGUGCACGUACCCGAACUGUCCCACGAAGAAGAAAGUGGAGAGAUCUUUGGAUGGACAGAUAACCGAGAUAGUUUAUAAGGGUAGCCAUAACCAUCCCAAACCUCAAUUGAUGAGAGGUUCUCAGGCUUCAUCGUCGAACUCGGCGGAGAUAUCGGAUCAAUCGGUCGGCUCCUUUCUGAUGCAAGAUGGUACACUAUCGGGUUCCGUUGAAGAAGAUGAGUUUGACCAAGCUUCACCUAUAAGUAAUACUAAUGGUGAUGACAUCAAUGAAAAUGAACCGGAUUCCAAAAGAUGGAAAGGUGAAAAUGAGAAUGAGGGCAUUAUAGGUUACGGUAGCAAGGCGGUGAAAGAGCCGAGAAUAGUCGUGCAAACGACGAGUGAUAUCGACAUUCUCGAUGAUGGUUAUAGAUGGAGGAAAUAUGGGCAGAAAGUAGUCAAGGGAAACCCCAAUCCAAGGAGCUACUACAAGUGUACGACGAUAGGUUGUCCGGUUAGGAAACACGUCGAACGAGCAUCCCGUGAUUUGAGAGCCGUGAUAAAUACUUACGAAGGGAAACACAACCAUGAUGUCCCGGCCGCACGUGGAAGGGCCUAUGCGAUGAAUAGGCCUACUUCCACUGCAACCGCGAACAAUGUUAAUGCUCCCAUGGCCAUGCCUAUAAGGCCUUCAGCUGUCCAAAGUCAUCCUCUCAAUAUAAUUUACCCCAACUCCGGAUCUACCUGGGAAAUACCGCAGCACAACAAUGGUGGCUUCGGGUUCUCGAGAUUGUCAAAGCCAAUCGGCUCCUACAUGAACCAAACACAAUUCUCGGACGCGGUAUUUGCUAAGGAUGAACCCAGGGAUGAUUCAUUUUUGGAUGGAUUCUUGUCCUGAAAAGGGAAACAACUUAACUAUAUAGUUGCUUGAUUCUGUAGGCUCUAGGACUCCAAUACACAACACACAGAAUCAGUGCAUUUAUUCAUUUGUUGUUUUCAACUUUGUAGCAGAUUGUAAGAGUAGAAAACAGAAAAACGAAUUUUGGGUGUUCAAUAAA